AUGAGUGCUGUCCUCACCUCAUCUCUCGGACUCAUGAGAAGAAUGCCGCCUUCUGCAUGUGAAAAGAACCUUGCUGGUGUCUCUAAAUUAAUUGAAAAUGAAGAAAUAGUUGAUCAAGUCUACCAAAGAGUUGAUAAGCCAUUAGAACUUGGAGUAUGUGAAAGCACAGGCAACGAAUUUAUUCUCUGUGAAUUCAACCGUGAUGGCGACUCAUAUAGAUCUCCUUAUAGCAACAAUUAUCAGCCUCCUUUACCAGAAAGCAGCGUUCCUUCUGCAGAGCUUCGACAAGUAGAAGUAAAAGCCAAUGAAAUUUUUAAUGAAUAUAGGAAACUCUAUUACGAAGGAGGAAUUUCAUCAGCUUAUCUGUGGGACACAAACCCCAAUGAGUUUGCAGGAGCUUUUCUAGUCAAAAAAGAUCUAGGAGCAGCAGGGAUUACUGAAAAGGGAGCAUGGGAAUCCACCAACUUAGUCACUGCAAAACUUUCCCCUGAAAGCCGAACUAUUACUUAUACAAUAACCACAACUGUAUUUUUGCAAAUCACAAUCAAUGACCCUGCUGCUGGAAGACUUGAAUUAAGUGGGAGCGUAACAAGGCAAAACCAAGAAACAGUUGCAGCUCGUAACAGCUUAUAUGCGGAUCCUCAUAUAUAUGGGAUGAUUUUUGCAGUUGAGAAUAUGGAAAGCAAGUUAAGGAGCUCUAUUGAUAUGAUAUAUGUGGGGAAAACGAGCGAGAUUUUGGAUAAGACAAGAAAAGUAGAGCCAGAAAUAAGAAGUAGAUAUAAAUUAGCAUAA